GCUGGGAGUGAACACAGCAGCCCCUGGACACCAGCUCCUGGGAGUUCCUGGCUGGCAAGCGGCAUCCCUGGGAUGUAAGUGAGGCUGGCUGGAAGCCAGAGGUAAACCGCCAGGUCACUGCCCCCACCAUGUCACAGGUGAUAUCCAGCUCCCUGCUGGCGGGAGGCCAUGCCGUGGGCUUGGCUCCCUGUGAGGAACCCAGGAGAACCCUUCACCCAGCACCCAGCCCCAGCCUGCCGCCCCAGUGUCCUUACUACACCACAGAAGGCUGGGGAGCCCAGGCCUUGAUGGCCCCCACGCCCUGCAAGGGGCCACCCAGCAGGUUCCAGCCCGCCCCACAGGCUGGAGCCAAAGCCAGCCGCCUCCUGCAGUCCCCUGAUGAGCAGGCCUCAGGGUGUCUGGAGGACCUUGACUCCUACAUUGACUUGUCGUUGGAGAGCCUUAACCAGAUGAUUCUGGAACUGGACCCCACCUUCCAGUUGCUCCCCCCAGGGGCUGGUAGCUCCCGGCCCGAGCCUGCUCAGAGCACUACCUCAAGGAGAAAGAAGGAAGAGCCUGAAGCCGUAGAUAUAAAGUACAUUGAAGUGACCUCUGCCAGAUCAAGGUGCCACGAUGGCCCCCAGCGCUGCUCCAGCUCGUCUGUCACUCCACCCAUUGGCUCCCCGCGCAGUGGCGGCCUCCUCCUUUCCAGAGACGUCCCCCGAGAGACUCGAAGCAGCAGCGAGAGCCUCAUCUUCUCUGGGAGCCAGGGCAGGGGGCACCAGCACCCCCCUGCCCCCUCUGGGGCUUCCUCCUCUCAUUUCCCACCAUCUCCCAGCAUCUCCAUCCCUUGCAUGGGGAGCAAGGCCUCGGGGCACCAUGACCUGGGCUCCCCACUGGUGACUUCUCCUAGCUCGGAGAAGGGGCUGAGGGGCCUGGUCCCACAAAGGAGCAGCAGGGUCUCCGUGCUGUCGGCCAGCCCAGCGUCUGAUGUCAGCUACGUGUUCGGAAGCAGCCAGUCUCUCCUCCACUCCAGUAUCUCCAGCCAUCAGUCGUCUUCUAGAUCCUUGGAAAGUCCAGCUAGCUCUUCCUCCAGCCUCCACAACCUUGGCCCAGUGUCCCUGUGUACAAGAGUCAGUGACUUCCAGGUCCCCAGCAACCCCACCCCAAGCAUGGGCCAGCCCAGAGCAACCUACUCCCCACCACUGGCCAAGGAGCAUGCCAGCAGCUGCCCCCCAUCCAUCGCAAACUCCAUGGUGGACAUACCCAUUGUGCUGAUCAACGGCUGCCCAGAACCAGGGUCUCCCCCACCACAGCAGAUCGCAGGACACCAGGACUUCAUCCAACCUGGGGCUGCUUCUUCCAGCAACCCCUGUCCAGCCACUAGGAGCCACAGCCAGACCCUGCCAGAUGCCCCUCUCACUACAUCCCCGGACGGUCCCACCAAGGACAUGCAGCCCACCAUGAAGUUUGUGAUGGACACAUCUAAAUACUGGUUUAAGCCAAGCAUCACCCGAGAGCAAGCAAUCGAGCUGCUGAGGAAGGAGGAGCCGGGGGCUUUCGUCGUGAGGGACAGUUCCUCAUACCGAGGCUCUUUCGGCCUUGCCUUGAAGGUGCAGGAGGCCCCCGCACCUGCCCAGAACCAAUCAGGCGAGGAUGGCAGUGACCUUAUCCGCCACUUCCUCAUUGAGUCUUCCGCCAAAGGGGUGCAUCUCAAAGGAGCAGAUGAGGAGCCCUACUUUGGUAGCCUCUCUGCUUUUGUGUGCCAGCAUUCCAUCAUGGCCUUGGCCCUGCCCUGCAAACUCACCAUCCCGCAGAGAGAAUUGGGAGGUGGAGCCGGGGCCUCAGACCCCUCUACAGACGGCGGCCGGGCCUCCUGCCUGAAGAAAUCUGCUGGCUGCCAGGCCCUGUACCUGAGCUCCGUGAGCAUGGAGACCCUGACUGGAGCCCUGGCGGUGCAGAAGGCCAUCUCGACCACCUUGGAGAGGGAGGUUCUCCCCACGCCCACCGUGGUCCACUUCAAAGUCACUGAGCAGGGCAUCACCCUGACUGACGUCCAGAGGAAGGUGUUUUUCCGGCGACAUUACCCCCUCACCACCCUCCGUUUCUGUGGCAUGGACCCAGAGCAACGGAAGUGGCAGAAGUAUUGCAAGCCCUCUAGGAUCUUUGGCUUUGUGGCCAAGAGCCAGACUGAGUCACAGGAGAAUGUGUGCCACCUCUUUGCGGAGUAUGACACAGUCCAGCCAGCCUCACAGGUCAUCAGCCUGGUGGGUGCUCUGCUGCAGGACACAGAAAGGAUGUAGGGGGAGGGAGCUUCCUGUACACCUUCCCAGAUAUCCCAAGGGGCUUGCUCAGGAGCCCCCCACCUCCCUCUGAACAAGGGGCUUGUGGCCACACUGAUGGACCAAUCUAUUGAACUGGAGGAGAACGGUACCAAGUUAAAACUCUUGAACCCACUGUGACCUUCAGCAGUGACCGUCAUCCAGAGCCCCCUGGGUCUCAGUUUCCUCAACCAUAAAAGGAGGUCAAUAGACAGGAUCAGCUGUUCUUCUCUGACUUUGGCGGGCAUCUUAACAAGUUCCCUGUGAUUCUGAAGCACACUCACA